UGUGAUGUAGCUGUCAAUUGGAAACCAUGAAAGCGCCGUCUGCAUAACAUCCUUUAUAUUAUUAAUGCGUUCUGCAUUUUCCCUGCUCUUUUACAUUGUCAUCUUUAAAUCUUCGUAUUAGUUUGUGUGUUUAAUUUUCACACUUGUUGGAGACCAGAAUUUACAACUUUAAUUUCCUUUUGGUUCUAUGCUCGUUCAGUUGUUUCGUUUGGCAUCAGCUUUCUCAAAGUUUUGAUCAAUGUUUUUUUUUUUUUUUCAGGUAAGCUUUGUAUAAACUCACUUGAACUGUUUUAAUAUUUAUUAUUGCGUUCAAACUAUUAUUACUGUUGGAUCUAAAUAUUGCUGUUGUUUUUGUUGUCUCUUUUGCCAGUGAGGCUCUGUUCUUAAGGAUUUGCUUCCGUUGUUAUUAUUUUUGGUCAUAACCACUGUUAUUUGUAAGACUACUUGUUCGGCAUCAUUUUUUUUUCAAAAGUUUGGCUUGUAAGAAACUCCCAGCUGAUUUCUUUUGAUACUUGAGGAGGAGUGAGUGUUCUGUUGCUAAGGAGUUGCUUCAUCCCCGGUUGUUUUAUAGCUUGCUCUGCUUCACUAAUUUUUUCCUUUUAAAAAGAGAAAAAAAUGGAGGUUCUUAUUUCUAUUGUUGGCUCUCUUGCUACUAAAGCGGCCGAGUACACAGUUGAUCCCAUUGCACGACAAGUUAGUUACUUGUUCAAGCAUGAGAGCAAGUUUCAAAACCUCAAGAAUCAACUUCAAAAACUGAAAGAUGCCCGAGAAAUAGUGCAGCAUUCGGUUGAUGAGGCUAACAGGAACGCAGAACAGAUUUUUCCUUGUGUUAAUAGGUGGUUGACUACGGUCAAUGAGAAGAUCUCUGACCAGGCUGCAACACAAUUGAAGGAGGAUGAAGAGAAAGCCAAGAAGCGGUGUUUCGCUGAGUUAUGUCCAAAUUUCAAGUCUCGUUACCAGCUUAGCAAGAAAAUGGAGAAGGAGGCCAACACCAUUGCUCAACUCCUGAAUCAAAAAGACGAAUUUAAUGGUAGAGUUUCCUACCGUCCUGCUCCAAAAGAAAUAGCUACUAGACCUGUCAAAGACUACGAGGCCUUUGAGUCAAGAAGCGGUGUUUUAAAUGGGGUGAUGGAGGCAUUGGAAGAUGAUAAUUUCAACAUAAUUGGAGUGCACGGGAUGGGUGGUGUGGGCAAGACCACACUUGUCAAAGAGGUUGCCAGACAAGCCAAGGAGAAGCAGUUGCUUGAUGAAGUGGUCUUGGUUGCUGUAACACAAACUCUAUCCACCGAAUAUUUUCUUCUUCAAAGGGAGAUUGCCGAGAAGUUAGGCUUGAAACUUGAUGAGACAAGCGUGGACGUAAGAGCAACUCGACUACGUGACAGAUUACAGAACGCGAAUAAGGUUCUUGUAAUUUUGGAUGAUAUUUGGGUGCCGCUGGACUUGGAGAAACUUGGAAUUCCUUCUAGAGACGAACACAAGGGAUGCAAGAUCUUGAUGACGUCCAGGAAGCUCAAUGUCUUAGAAAGGAUGGACUCUCAGAAAAAUCUUCCGAUUGAUAUAUUGAAAGGAGAUGAACCGUGGAAACUGUUUAAGAACAUGGCUGGUGAUAUUGUUGAAAGAUUGGACUUGCAAUCUACGGCAAUUAAGGUCUCCCAAAAAUGUACCGGAUUGCCAAUCGCUAUUGCAACGGUUGCGAAGGCUUUGAAGCACAAGGAGAACUUGUUUGAGUGGCAGCAUGCUUUGGAGCAACUAAAAAGACCCACCGAAGUAAACGUCGGAGGGAUACCAAGUGAUGUUUAUUCAGCUAUAAAGUUGAGUUACAACUUUUUGGAAAAUGAGGAAGUCAAGUUGACUUUCUUACUCUGCAGUAUAAUGGGUCAUAAUGCUGCCAUCGAGGACUUGUUGAGAUAUUGCAAGGGCUUGGGUUUAUUCCGUGGCCUUAACACAAUAGAAAAAGUACGAAAUAAAGUAUUGACACUGGUUAGUGAGCUCAAACACUCUUCUUUGUUACUUGCUAGUUUUACCCCUGAGUACUUUGAUAUGCAUGAUGUUGUUUGUGAUGUUGCAAUAUCAAUUGCUUCAAGGGACCAUCAGUGGCUUACUUUAAGAGAGGAAGAUGUAUUCGAAGAGUGGUCAGAUAACGAAAGAGUGAGAAAUUUCAAUGCCAUUAUCUUACGGUAUGCUAAGGUUAGUGAGCUUCCUGAUGAGUUAGAAUGUCCAAAUCUUACCUUUUUCUCUCUGGGUGGUCAGGAUUCUGUUUUGGAAUUUCCUACUGACGAUUCUUCUUUGAAAAUUCCUAACAAUUUUUUCAAGCAAAUGCAGAGACUUAAAGUCUUAAAUUUUGCUGAAAUGCAUUUUUCGUCCUUGCCUUCCUCAGUUGGUUCCUUAAAAACUCUUUGUACAUUGUGUUUCUUAGGUUGUGUUUUAGAAGAUAUAGCCAUCAUUGGGGAGUUAAAAAAUUUAGAAAUCCUUGACCUCCGUAGAUCUACUUUUGCAAUGCUGCCGGAGAAAAUAGGACAAUUGACCAAGCUAAAAUUGCUAGAUUUGAGUGAUUGUGAGGAUCUUAAAAUAAUAUCCCCAAAUGUCUUAGCAGGUUUAUCUAGAUUAGAAGAACUAUACCUAUAUAAUAGCUUUGAUAGAUGGGAGGUUGAAGGACACGACAAUUCAAGAAGCAAUGCUAGCCUUGUUGAGUUGCAGCAUUUGUCUCAUCUGACCACUCUGGCAGUACAUAUUCCUAAUGAGCAAGCUUUGCCAAAAGAUGACUUGUUUUUUGAAAAGUUGAAAAGAUACAAGAUUUCCAUUGGGGUUGAAUGGACGUGGCGCGAAUGCUUUGAGAUGGAAACGUCAAGAAUGUUGAAGCUCAAGAUGAAUGAAAGUAUUCAUUUGUAUGAAGGGGUUAAAAAGUUGUUGAGCGAAACUGAAAAUCUAUGGCUAGAUGAUGUGAAGAAUGUUAUGGACGUGCUUUAUGACCCAAAUACUGAAGGUUUACCACAUUUAAAGCAUCUUUGUGUUCGGAAUGUCUCAGCCAUGAAGUUAAUAUCUUGUAAAGAAUUUCCUCUUUUGGAGUCAUUGUCUCUAUGCAAUUUGAUCAAUUUAGAGGCAAUAUGUUACGGUCAACUCAAAGCUGGAUCUUUUGGACGACUAAGAGUCAUAAAAGUUGAGAGGUGCAACGUGUUGAAGAAUUUGUUCUCAUUCUCCACAGCCAGAGAGCUCCGCCAACUUCAAGAAAUUGAGGUAUGUGAGUGCGAGAAUCUGACCGAGUUAAUUGCAGAAAAGAAAGAGGAAGAGAUUGGUGCUAAUGAAGAAAUUGACAUUUUAGAAUUCAAUCAAUUACUUUGCCUAAAAUUACAAGAUCUGCCAAGUUUCAUUCGCUUUUGGAAUUACUCAGGAAAAAAGCUUUCCUCAUCUCAACAAGGAAAUGUUCAAUCAAAUGCCAUAUUGCUUUUUGAUCAAAAGGUUGUGUUCCCUGCCAUAAAGGAGUUGGUAUUCAGAUCAUUGAGUAGUAUUGGAAAACUAUGGGAUGAUCAAUUUCCAGCUGCUGUAAUGACUUUUCGUUUUCAAAAUUUAUCAACAUUGAUAGUGGGGAGCUGUCAUAAAUUGAAGUAUGCAUUUCCUUCUUCAAUGGUUAAAACUUUGUGCAACUGAAAACACUUGUUGUAAGAAAGUGUGAGGAUAUGGAAGAGGUAAUAGCAGUCAGUGCAGAAAAAGAAAGGAAUAACAUUAUGGUGUUUCCUAAACUUGACUCCUUACAGCUCGCCGAUCUUCCCAAUCUCAAAAGAUUUUGCGGUGGAAUUAAUCCAAUUGAAUUCUCCAUUCUAAGGGAACUAAAGAUAUGGAAAUGUCCUCUUCCUAGCACAUUCUAUUGUGAUUCUAGUACAAGUGUUGGAAAGAACAGCAGCAGCAUCUCAAUGGAUCACAACCUCCAAGUUGAUGUAUCACAUUGUCUAUUCAAUGAUAAGGUAAUUUUUUAUUUUUUAUUUUUUGAACAUCCUUCUGCAUAUAGUUCUCGAUUAAUUCCUCUAUUUAUAAUUCUAACAUUGAAAUUAAUUUUUCACUUAAUUUCUAAGAUU